GGGACGGGCGGGCAACACCGGGCAAGAGCAGCGCCCGCAGCCGCCAACAGCCGCGCCAUGGCCCGCCUGCCCCAGCUUGCCCUGUCGGCAGCGCUCGGCGCCCUCGGCAUCCUCGGUAUCGUUCUGCUCGCUGCCACCUCCCGCGACCAGCCCCAGCCGCCCGUAUACAAGUACGGGGUGGUGAUUGACGCCGGGUCCACGCGCACCACCAUCUUCACGUACAAAUGGCCGUCGGGGAAGGAGAACAACACCGGCAUCGUCAGCGAAACCGGCAGCUGCCAGGUGAAAGGCCCGGGGAUCUCCAGUUACGCGGCGGAUCCAGCGGCGGCGGGCCGCAGCCUGAGGGCGUGUCUGGAGCAGGCUGAGCGGUCAGUGCCAUCAGUGAGGCUGGGCGACACCGUGCUCUAUCUGGGGGCCACCGCCGGCAUGCGGCUGCUCAACCUGACCGACCCCGGCGCCGCGCAGGACGUCCUGACCGCCGUCAACAACACGUUACGCAACCCCUUCAACUACCGCGGGGCGGCGGUGCUGACCGGGGCCGAGGAGGGGUUGUUCGGCUGGGUCACCGCCAACUACCUGCUGGAGAACUUCAUCAAGUACGGGUGGGUGGGCCGCUGGCUCGACCCCGCCCGCAGCACGGUGGGGGCGAUGGACCUCGGGGGGUCGUCGACACAGAUAACCUUCGUGCCGGGCGGGGCGGCGCCGGAGAGCGGACAGCGGCUCCAGCUACAACUCUAUGGACGUCGCUACUCGGUUUACACGCACAGCUACCUGUGUUACGGCCGCGACCAGGCGUUGCGGAGUCUGUUGGCCGGGGCGCUGCAGACCCAGGACCCCAACGCCACCGUUCUCAUUCCGUGCAUGCCGCUGGGCUACAACGUGUCGCUGCCACAAAGCCACGUGUACGGCAGCCCAUGUACCGCGGACCAACGCCCCCCCGGCUACUCCCCCGACGCCACGAUCACCUUUAGAGGCUCCUCCAACGCGGCGGCCUGCCGCCUCUCCGUCCUCUCUCUGUUCGACUUCGCCUCCUGUAACCACAGCCACUGUGCCUUCAACGGCGUUUACCAGCCGCCUGUGGCCGGGAACUUCAUGGCUUUCGCCGCUUUCUACCACACGGUCAACUUCCUGGAGAAGACCACGGGUCAGCACGUGACGUCACCGGCCGAGCUGCUGGAAGCUGCGGACAGUGUCUGCAACAUGGACUACAGCACGCUGAAGGAGAGAGCGGCCGGGACCCCGGGGAGGUGGUUGGCAGAUUAUUGCGCCAUGUCCCAGUACGUACACGCACUCAUCACCAGUGGAUACAAGUUCGACAACAAGUCCUUCAGCAACAUCGCCUUCCAGAAAAAGGUGGAUGGGGCCACUGUGGGCUGGGCACUCGGCUACAUGCUGAACCUGACCAACAUGAUCCCACCUGAGCGGCCGGAUUACCGCAAGGUGCAGCUGGUGGGCGCCUGGUGGGUUGUCAUCGUCAUCUUCAUCCUCGUCAUCCUCGCCGCCGUCCUCGUCUUCGUGCUCUUCUCCGGCUCCAUGAAGAACGAGUCCGGCAUGUUAUAGCGGGCCGAAGGGCCGCACCCUCUCCCCACCACAUAUCCCCCCCUCCCCCCC